CCCCUUUUCAUACUUCUCUGUCAUUGUGUUAUUAUAUAUACUCGCACCGACAAAGAAACUCACCGAUACCAUACAACGGUUUCUCUCAACGGAAACAAACUAUCUUGUAACGUCAUUAUUCAUUUUCUAUAUCCAUGUCGAGAGUCAUGGAGUGGGUUGGGUCACGCAACUCAGACCUGUCUAAUCUGACACCAACAAUGACAUCAGACGCUUCGUGUGAGCCCGGCAAGAUGAAACUAUUUUACUUCAGUAACGAAUUCCCACGCGAUGACCUGAAAGACCUGCUUCGUCGCCUGCAUGCCCACAGCAAGGACACCCGGCAUAACACGCUAGCCAGGUUCAUCCAUGAGGCUACCUUCGCCAUUCGUGACGAGGUGUGCUUGCUUCCAUCUACCCUGAGAGUAUUGGUCCCUUCGUUCGAGACAGUUUUCGACUUUGUCGAUGAUCAUGCCCUCCGAAAUGGCCCUCUUGGUGGAGCUGUAGACGGAGUGCUUUUAUGUGCAGUUCAGAUAGCAACCCUCAUCGGAUAUUAUGAGAGUGCGUCCGAGGAGGCGUUCGACUUGCCCUCUGUAGACGCCUGUCUCGCUGGCUUGGGCACCGGGCUUCUGGCCACAACUGCAGUUUCGCUCUCUCCAACGUUGGCAGAUGUUCCUCUUGCAGGGGCCGAAGUGGUUCGUGUCGCUUUUCGACUUGGCGUUCUCGUGGACCAAGUUUCCCAGAAUCUGCAACCUCGAUCGGCAUCAACAGAAUCUGGCCCUGGUGAUAGUUGGGCGUAUGUGGUGCCCGAUGUGGCUGCUGACGAGGUUCAAAAGGAGCUUGAUUCGAUACACACAGCCGGGAGUACGCCCGAAGCCAGCAAGGUCUUCAUCAGUGCUCUCAGUCCGACCUCAGUCACAGUCAGUGGCCCACCGGCACGAUUGAAGCACAUCUUCCAGAUAUCCGACUUUUUCCGCGACCGCAAGUCCAUCGCUCUCCCGGUAUAUGCAGGUUUGUGUCACGCCAAACACGUCUACAAUCAACAGCAUGUAGACAGCAUUAUCCAAACCAGCUCCCUCGACUUUAUGGACGCCAAAUUCGUACCGCGGGUGCCAGUCUUCUCCACCAGCACGGGAAGGCCAUUUGACGCAAAGAGCGCCAGGGAAUUAUUCCAUGGCAUCAUCGAAGAAAUCCUCACUCAGGCGAUGCAGUGGGACAAUGUCGUCCAAGGUAUCAUCGAGCGAGCUAAAACCAUUGCAGCCUCCGAGUGCCAAGUCCUCGUCUUCCGAACUUCACUGCCAGUUCAUGACCUUGUGGGAGCCUUGAAUUCAGACCUGCAGCAGUUCAAGGCUGCCACAAAGGAUCUCAUACCAUGGAUAUCCGAGCCAGACAUUCCUCCGGGGCGGCCCAGGGGUACCGCGCAAUCCAAGAUUGCCAUUGUGGGCAUGGCCUGCAGGAUGCCUGGCGGAGCAACCGACACGGAAAAGUUCUGGGCGCUCUUGGAGAAAGGUUUGGACGUGCACAGGAAAAUCCCAGCUGACCGGUUCGACGUGGAGACACACUAUGACCCAAACGGUAAGCGUGUCAAUACUAGCCAUACCCCCUAUGGUUGCUUCAUCGACGAACCUGGCCUAUUCGACGCCCCAUUUUUCAAUAUGUCCCCUCGCGAAGCGCUGCAGACGGAUCCCAUGCAGAGGUUGGCGUUGGUCACGGCGUACGAGGCGCUUGAAAGGGCGGGUUACGUUGCUAACCGGACGGCUGCUACCAACUUGCACCGGAUUGGAACCUUUUACGGGCAAGCGAGCGAUGAUUACCGUGAGGUCAACACGGCACAGGAGAUCAGCACAUAUUUCAUUACCGGUGGAUGCCGUGCUUUUGGCCCAGGACGCAUCAACUAUUUCUUCAAAUUUGCCGGACCGAGUUAUAGCAUUGAUACGGCGUGUUCGUCCGGGUUGGCGACAAUACAGACAGCAUGCACCUCGCUCUGGAAUGGUGACACCGAUAUGGCAGUUGCUGGAGGAAUGAAUGUGCUGACCAAUUCGGAUGCUUUCGCUGGACUGAGCCACGGCCAUUUCUUGUCCAAGACCCCCAACGCAUGCAAGACAUGGGACUGCGAAGCCGAUGGGUACUGCCGCGCCGACGGUGUUGGAUCUAUCGUGAUGAAGAGACUUGAAGACGCAGAAGCAGACAACGAUAACAUCCUCGGCGUCAUUCUCGGAGCCGGGACCAACCACUCGGCCGAUGCCAUCUCCAUCACCCAUCCUCAUGCUGGGGCUCAGGCAUACCUCACCCGACAAGUCAUGAGACAGGCUGGUGUAGAUCCUCUCGAUGUUAGCUACGUGGAAAUGCACGGCACCGGCACCCAAGCGGGCGACGCCCAAGAAAUCAAAUCGGUUGUUGACGUAUUCGCACCCUUGACGAGACGUCGCAGCUCCAAACAGCCACUGCACAUUGGCGCCGUCAAGGCUAAUGUGGGCCAUGGCGAAGCUGUAGCCGGCACGACUGCGCUGCUGAAAGUGCUACUCAUGUUGGAAAAGGAGGCGAUACCGCCACAUGUCGGAAUCAAGAACAGCAUCAAUCCUGGGUUUCCCAAGGACCUGGACAAGAGAAACCUGCACAUCCCAUACCAGAAACAGCUUUGGCCUAGGGUCCACGGCAAGAAGAGAAUUGCAGUUGUGAAUAACUUCAGUGCUGCCGGAGGCAACACGACCAUUGCCGUUGAGGAGGGACCUUUUCGGGAGACUAGCGAGGUGGUGGAUCCUCGCUCAACUCACCUUGUCGCUGUGUCGGCUAAGAGCAAGGUGUCACUCAAGGAGAACCUCGAGCGAAUGAUGGCCUAUCUAGACGCAAACCCGCAGGUCUCGCUGUCGAAUCUGGCAUACACUACAACCGCUCGACGUCACCACCACAACCACAGAGUAGCAGUGGCCACGUCUGAUGCUACCCAGUUGAAGAAACACCUCCUUAAGCACCUUGAAUCAGCAGACUCUCACAAGCCCAUUCCACCAACUGGUUCACCCCCGGUUGUCUUCGCAUUCACCGGUCAGGGGUCAUCACAUCGGUCCAUGGACCUGGAGCUGUACCGCGAUUGCCCCUAUUUCAAGUCACAGCUGCUGCACCUGGACUCCCUAUCACAAGGACAAGGUUUUCCCUCUUUCAUUCCAGCCAUCGACGGCAGCCAUGCGCAUGACCACACACACUCACCAGUCAUCACCCAGCUCGCACUCGUCUGUACGGAGAUAGCGCUGGCCAAGUACUGGGAGUCCCUCGGCGUACGCCCCGACGUAGUAAUCGGACACAGCCUGGGUGAAUAUGCCGCCCUCCACGUGGCCGGCGUGCUCUCAGCCACCGACACAAUCUUCCUGGUGGGCCAGAGGGCUAGCAUGCUCGAGCAGAAAUGCCAAGCCGGCAGCCACAAGAUGCUAGCCGUCCGUGCUUCACUUUCCGAAGUCCAAGAAAACGCUGGCAAUAACCCUUACGAGGUUGCGUGCAUAAAUGGGCCGAAAGAUACGGUGCUAAGCGGAACUCAGCAACAGGUGGACGCGCUGGCUCAAAUCCUACAAGACGCCGGCUACAAAUGUUUUAGCCUCGACGUCGCCUUCGCCUUCCACUCGGCGCAGACGGAUCCCAUCCUCGAAGAAUUCGAAGAGGCAGCCAAGACGGGCGUCUUGUUCCACCCGCCUAAUCUUCCCAUCAUCUCGCCUUUGCUGGGAAAGGUCAUCUUCGACGAAAAGACGGUCAACUCAAACUACAUGCGCCGUGCCACGCGUGAGCCGGUCAACUUCCUGUCUGCCAUCUCAACGGCGCAGAAGACGCACACGGUCGACGAAACCAUGGUCUGGAUCGAGAUCGGUCCGCACCCCGUCUCGGUGAACUUCGCCAAGUCCAUCCUGCCGUCCAUCAACGCCGCGGUUCCGUCGCUGCGUAGGGGUGAGAAUAACUGGCAGACCAUGGCGCAGAGUCUGGGGGUAUUGCAUUGUGCCGGGGUGGAGGUAGGGUGGAAUGAGUUCCAUCGUCCGUUUGAGCGGGGACUGCGGUUGUUGGAUUUGCCUACGUAUGCAUGGAAUGACAAGACGUACUGGAUCCAGUAUAAUGGUGAUUGGGCGCUUACCAAGGGCAAUACGUUUUAUGAUGCUGAGAAGGCGGCUAAUGCGGGACCGGGAACUCCUCUCUUGCCUGCGACUCAUUCCAGCCUUAGGACGUCGACGGUCCAGCAAAUCAUUGAGGAGACAUUUUCGGAGUCGGCGGGCAGAGUUGUCAUGCAGUCUGAUCUUAUGCAGCCUGACUUUUUGGCUGCUGCAUAUGGACACAAGAUGAACGGGUGUGGGGUGGUGACAUCGUCGAUACACGCCGACAUUUCUUACACACUGGGCGAAUAUCUCUUAAAGAAACUUCGACCACAGUCCAAAAACACAUACAUGAACAUCGCCAACCUCGAAGUCCUUAAGGGGCUCGUCGCAAACAAGAAAACCAAUAUCCCCCAACUCAUCCAAGUCUCCCUCACCACCUCUAAUAUCGAUUCUGGAAUUGCCCACUUGCAAUGGCACAACGUCUCCUCUCCUACCGGCCCUCCUGAUGACCCCUUUGCCAGCGCAACCAUCUACUACGGCUCUUCCACCUCCUGGUUGGUCAGCUGGACCCCCCUGACUCACCUCAUCCAAUCACGCAUUGACUCCCUCACCAACCUCGCCGACAAGGGCCUCGCCACCCGCCUCUCCCACAACAUGGCCUAUUUCCUUUUUGCCACCAACCUCGUAGACUACGCCCCCAAGUACCGGGGCAUCCAAUCUGUGAUUAUUGACGGCCUCGAAGCCUGCGCAGAAGUCACCCUCACCACCGAAAAAGGCGGCGUCUGGACCAUCCCGCCUUAUUUCAUCGACAGCGUCGCUCAUCUCGCAGGAUUUGUGAUGAACGUCUCCGAUGCGAACGACACGAAGAACAACUUCUGCGUUACGCCCGGAUGGGAAUCAAUGAGAUUCGCCAAGCCACUGGUGGCGGGGGGGAAAUACAGGUCGUAUGUGAAGAUGAUUCCGACGACAGAGGAUCCGAGUGUGUUCUUGGGGGAUGUUUAUGUACUACAGGAUGAGAUUAUCAUUGGAAUGUUGGGGGCCAUCAAGUUUAGACGGUAUCCGAGGAUUCUGCUGAAUCGAUUCUUUUCGGCGCCUGAUGAGGGGAGCUCUGGGCAUGGUGCUACUACCGCCGCAGCACCGCCGACAAAGCCACUCGUGCCGCCAUCGACAGCAGCAGAAUCCGCUCCCGUCCAUACUGCGUCAGAGUCAUCUGCCUCCCCGCCUGCUCCCGCAAAGCCCAGACAGCCGGCCGAGAAGGCACCGGGUCCAGUGCCAGCCGCAGCCCCAACCACAACCUCCGUUGAGAACUCAGACAGCGUAGCCGUCAAAGCCAUGGCGCUCGUCGCCGCCGAAGCGGCCCUCGACCCGGCCGACCUGCACGAUGACGCGAGUUUCGCUAACCUCGGCGUCGACAGCCUCAUGAGCCUCGUCAUCGCCGAGAAGUUCCGCGAGCAGUUCGGUGUCACCGUCGGCGGAAGCCUGUUCUUGGAGUAUCCAACGGUGGGGGAUUUGAGGUCAUGGUUGAUUGAGUAUUACAGUUGAGCAGUAUAUGCUGAAGGAGAAGUAUGGCUCUGUGUAAUUGAGAAUUGUAAGGGAAGGAGGGG